AUGACCAUAUUAUACAUUUAUACCCUCGACAAUGGUCAAGGAAAUCAGUUGCCUACUCAACAAAAGGACCCUGGACAAAUUAAUCUAAAAUUAACAUCAAGGAUGUCGAAGACCCACAGUGCAACUGCACAUCACCACCACCAUCAUGAAUCCUCAAAGAAGAACCAUAAAGAAACACCACACAAGUUACUAGACACGCCUCCAUAUUCUAACAUCUACUUUAUGGGUGAUGGCUUCGAGAGACUCUCACCCCAACCUCAAGCAAAUGUUAGAGUCACAAACUAUUAUGAUCGUAAGCAGAAGUAUGGGUUCAUACAAAAUGAGGACGACGUAGACACUAAUGUGGAUGCGGAAGCUGCAAAUUUUUAUUGA